AAUGUGCAGUUUAUUCAUAUGACGACAUUAAAAUUGAUUGCGAGUCAUGGAAGACAUUGAAGCACAAAUAAAAGAAAUUCAAGAAAGAAAGAAACAGACUCAAGUCGAGGAGGAUCGUGACAAGGGAAUUGGUUUGCUUGAAAGCGGCUAUUUCGAUUCUGAUUUGUACGAUGGAAAUGGAACACAAAAAGGCAAAUAUGAAGGCUAUGUAACUUCAAUUGCGCCGAAUGAAGAUGAAGACGAAGAUGACGAAGAGCCUGUUAGAGCUUCAGAUAAAAGAACCAUGGGCUUUGGCGCCCCAAUGGCGUUCAUUAAUGACAUUGCAAGAAGUGAACCAGACUACGAUCCUUUUGAAAGUCGACGACCAAAGACAGUUGGAGAAAAAGAAGACGAAUAUCGACAAAAGAGAAGAAAGCAAGUUUUGUCACCAGCUCGUGUUGAUCCUUUUGCUGAUGGCGGCAAAACUCCCGAUGUCAAAUCACGAACCUACACAGAGAUCAUGCGUGAACAGCAACUGCGAGGCGAAGAAGCAGAACUACGCAAAAAAAUUCAAGAAAAAGCAAAAGAUGGAACAUUGAAGGUUUCUUCAUCAAAUGGUGAAGCAGCACGAGGGGAAGCAAAGAAACGAGGACGUUGGGAUCAGACAAUUGAUGAACAGUUUGUGCCAGCUAAGAAAUCAGCAUCUGGGGCUUUAACACCGACUUGGGAUUCAGAUAAAACUCCAGCUGACCAUCGUUGGGAUGAAACACCAGGUCAUAAAGGCAGUGAAACUCCUGGAGCAACUCCAAGCGCAAGAAUUUGGGAUGCAACUCCAGCUCAUCAUGCAACAACACCAGCACAUGAUUCAUCAGCACAGGAGAAGUCAACAAGACGUAAUCGUUGGGAUGAAACACCAAAGACAGAACGUGAAACUCCUGGACAUAAUUCUGGAUGGAUGGAAACACCUCGUGCUGAUCGUGCAACUGGUGAAUCAAUCAUUGAUUCAACACCCGGCGCUUCGAAGCGUCGUUCACGUUGGGAUGAGACACCAUCAGCUGCAACACCUUCAAUGACACCUUCAGGUGCUUCAAUGACACCGAGCAUGACUACACCACAUGCUUUAUCGACACCUGGACAUGCUACACCACUUUUAACACCUGGAGGUUCGACUCCAAUUGGAGCUAAAGCAAUGGCAAUGGCAACACCAACUCCAGGACAUUUAGCUUCAAUGACUCCUGAACAACUUCAAGCUUAUCGUUGGGAGAAGGAAAUUGAUGAAAGAAAUCGACCAUUUUCCGAUGAAGAAUUGGAAGCUUUGUUUCCACCUGGAUAUAAAGUUCUUCCACCACCAGCUGGUUACAUUCCAAUACGAACACCAGCUCGUAAAUUGACAGCAACACCAACACCAAUUGCUGGUACGCCUGUUGGAUUCUUCAUUCAACAAGAAGACAAAACAACAGCAAAAUUUAUUGACAAUCAACCAAAAGGUAAUUUACCUUUCAUGAAACCAGAAGAUGCACAAUAUUUUGAUAAGCUUUUGGUGGAUGUUGAUGAAGAAGCUUUAUCACCAGAAGAACAAAGAGAAAGGAAAAUUAUGAAACUGUUGCUCAAAAUAAAGAAUGGAACGCCACCAAUGAGAAAGGCAGCACUUCGUCAAAUCACUGAUAAAGCAAGAGAAUUUGGAGCUGGUCCAUUGUUCAAUCAAAUACUUCCAUUGCUUAUGUCACCGACAUUGGAAGAUCAAGAACGUCAUUUGUUGGUGAAAGUCAUUGACAGAAUCCUUUAUAAGCUUGACGAUUUAGUGCGACCAUUCGUUCAUAAGAUUCUUGUCGUCAUUGAGCCAUUGUUGAUUGAUGAAGAUUAUUAUGCUCGUGUUGAAGGUCGUGAGAUCAUCUCAAAUUUAGCAAAAGCAGCUGGCUUAGCAACGAUGAUCUCGACAAUGCGUCCUGAUAUUGACAACAUUGAUGAAUAUGUGAGAAAUACAACAGCAAGAGCUUUUGCUGUUGUUGGCUCAGCUCUUGGCAUUCCAUCACUUUUACCUUUCUUGAAAGCUGUUUGCAAGAGUAAGAAAUCAUGGCAGGCACGUCAUACGGGCAUUAAAAUUGUUCAACAAAUUGCAAUUCUCAUGGGAUGUGCAAUUUUACCGCAUUUAAAGUCACUUGUUGAGAUCAUUGAACAUGGGCUUGUUGAUGAACAACAGAAAGUUCGUACAAUUACUGCUCUUGCAUUAGCAGCACUAGCUGAAGCUGCAACACCAUAUGGCAUCGAAUCAUUUGAUUCAGUUUUGAAACCAUUGUGGAAAGGUAUUCGAACACAUCGUGGUAAAGGCUUAGCUGCUUUCUUGAAGGCUAUUGGAUAUUUAAUUCCAUUAAUGGACGCUGAAUAUGCCAGUUACUACACACGUGAAGUCAUGCUGAUUCUCAUUCGUGAGUUUCAAUCUCCCGAUGAGGAAAUGAAGAAAAUUGUAUUGAAAGUUGUGAAACAGUGCUGCGCAACAGAUGGCGUUGAGCCUCAAUAUAUUAAGGAAGAAAUUUUGCCGCAUUUCUUUAAACAUUUCUGGAAUCAUCGUAUGGCAUUGGAUCGCAGAAAUUAUCGUCAACUGGUUGAUACGACAGUCGAAAUAGCAAACAAAGUUGGAUCGUCGGAAAUCAUCAAUCGUGUUGUUGAUGAUUUGAAAGAUGAAAAUGAACAAUAUCGUAAAAUGGUCAUGGAAACAGUUGAGAAAAUUAUGGGAAAUUUGGGUGCCGCUGACAUUGAUUCACGUCUUGAAGAACAGUUAAUUGAUGGUAUUUUGUAUGCAUUUCAAGAACAAGCAACGGAAGAUGUUGUCAUGUUAAAUGGAUUCGGUACAAUUGUUAAUCAAUUAAGCAAACGAGUUAAACCUUAUUUGCCUCAAAUUUGUGGUACAAUUUUAUGGCGUUUAAACAACAAAUCAGCAAAAGUUCGUCAACAAGCAGCUGAUUUAAUCUCACGUAUUGCAGUUGUUAUGAAAACAUGUCAGGAAGAAAAGUUAAUGGGACAUCUUGGUGUGGUACUUUAUGAGUAUCUUGGUGAAGAAUAUCCCGAAGUCCUCGGCUCAAUUCUUGGUGCAUUGAAAGCAAUUGUUAAUGUCAUUGGAAUGACGAAAAUGACGCCACCAAUUAAAGAUCUAUUGCCACGUUUAACACCGAUUUUGAAGAAUCGUCAUGAGAAAGUUCAAGAGAAUUGCAUUGAUUUGGUUGGAAGAAUAGCUGAUCGCGGUCCGGAAUAUGUUUCAGCACGUGAAUGGAUGAGAAUCUGCUUUGAGUUACUUGAGUUGUUGAAAGCACAUAAGAAAGCAAUUCGUCGUGCAACUGUCAACACAUUCGGUUACAUUGCCAAAGCUAUUGGACCUCAUGAUGUUCUAGCGACACUUCUCAACAACUUGAAGGUUCAAGAACGUCAAAAUCGUGUUUGUACAACUGUCGCUAUUGCUAUUGUUGCUGAAACUUGUCGACCAUUUACAGUGUUGCCAGCUUUGAUGAAUGAAUAUCGUGUGCCCGAAUUAAACGUUCAAAAUGGAGUUUUAAAGUCACUUUCAUUCCUGUUUGAAUAUAUCGGCGAAAUGGGGAAAGAUUACAUUUACGCAGUUGUUCCAUUACUGGAAGAUGCUUUGAUGGAUCGUGAUUUGGUUCAUAGACAAACAGCUUGUGCAGCUAUCAAGCACAUGGCACUUGGAGUUUAUGGUUUCGGAUGUGAAGAUGCUCUCAUUCAUUUGUUGAAUUAUGUUUGGCCGAAUAUCUUUGAGACAUCGCCACAUUUAGUUCAAGCGUUUAUGGACGCUGUUGAAGGUUUGCGUGUCGCUCUUGGUCCAAUAAAAAUCCUUCAAUAUACACUUCAAGGACUUUUCCACCCUGCUCGUAAAGUCAGAGACGUUUAUUGGAAGAUUUACAAUUCACUUUACAUCGGAUCACAAGAUUCACUCAUUGCUGGCUAUCCGAGAAUUGAAAAUGAUCCGAAAAAUCAAUACGUUCGUUAUGAACUCGACUACAACUUGUAAGUGCUGCUGCUGGUUAAUCUUUUUCUUUCCUUUUCACUUCUCAAAAAAUUCAAAAAUUCUUUUCAACAAUUAAUGUGACAUUAAAUGUUUAAUAUUCACACUAAAGAUUAAAUAAAAAAGUUUGCUUUAAACAAA